AUGCCGCUUGGUGGAUUUAUCGACAACCUGAAGGAAAAGAACCAAGACCAGGACAACUCGUACGGCCGCAACGACAACCAAGAUUCGCACAACCUCAACCAGCAAGGCGACGGAUUGCCAAACAACCAAGAGCAGCAGGGGCAGGUGACUGGAAACCCGCAGCAGCAGCAGCAGCAAAGCUUUAACCAGCAAGCACAAGACUACAGCCAGCAGGCGCAAGACUACAGCCAGCAGGGUCACAACCUCGGCCAGCAGGCGCAGGAUCUCGGCAAGCAGGCGCAGGAUCUUGGCCAGCACGCUCAGAAUCUCGGCCAGCAGGGCCAGCAAAACUACUGA